UCUCCCAACCCAGCAAUGAUGACAAAUUUUGUGAAUGGUGGCUACUGGCUGAGCAACGAGGCUGCGCAAUUUCCUGCUGACAAGAUGGAUGCUACGCUUUACACCCAUCUGUUCUGUGGAUAUGCAGAAAUCGACAUCCAAAGUUAUGAGGUGAUAGUUCCUUUUGGGCAAUAUAACAUAGUCAAUGCAUUCUCUUCCCAGGUGAAAUUGAGCAAUCCAGAUGUGAAAACUAUGCUAUCUAUUAGGGGAGAGAAAGAAAUAUUCUCUCAAAUGGCAGGCAACCGCCUAACACGCGAAGUAUUUAUCAAAUCCUCGAUCAAGGCAGCAGUUGCUGGCAACUUUAACGGCUUGGAUUUAUGCUGGCUAUACCCGUCUACACAAGAUGAUAUGGAAAACUUCGAUUACUUGAUUACUGAAUGGCGCCAGGUCGCUGAGGAUGACGCUAGAGACAACAACCGAAAAGCGUCGUGGCUCCUUGUGGCUUCGGUGCCGAACGCACCCUAUGUUGAGCCCAAUAUACAUGUUGUGUACCCAGCUACAGCAAUCAGCCAGAACCUAGACUGGGUCAAUCUUAUUUCUUACGACUUUUACACCCCAACUUCAUGCCCUGGUUACACUGCACCAUCCUCCGCAUUCAACAACCACAAAGCCAACCUCUUGUCCGCACAUUUCGGUAUCGAUUCGUGGAGUAAAAUCCUUGGCGAUUUGCCUUUUGAUAAGAUUGUGUUUGGAAUUCCUUUCCACGGGUGGGCCUGGAAGCUCACCAACCCUCUCCAGCACAACGUGUUUUCCAAGGCCGAUGGCCCGACUGAGUCUACUGGAGAAUAUGAGAUUGCCCUAGAUGGUAAAAUUGUCUACUACGAGGUCCAGAACUUCAUACAUGAGACUCAAGCUGAAGUUGUCCCAAAUGACCGGAAAUUUGUGAUUGCCUACGCCUUUAAUGCCACUACCACCUGGAUUGCCUUCGAGAGUAAAGACACCAUUUCUCAGAAAGUUAACUUAGCCAGGUCAAUGAUGGCGCUGGGUUACUUUGCUUCCAACGUUGCUGCUGACGAUGAACUCUACACUCUGGCCACCGCUGCCAAAUCCAGUUGGUCCUCCUAAAUUUCCAUCUCUAUUUUCUUCUCCUCCUUUCAUCUGCAACACUACUUUUAGUUACCCCUUUCAUUUCAAACUUCCAAUAAAAACAUAUAUAUGCAUAUGUUUUUCUUGUAAACUACGAGGUUGAUGGUCUCUGUUGUGUCUGUCCUCUUUCAAUUCUUGUAUUUCCUAUCACAUAUCCAAUAAAAUU